CGUCUGAGUGAGGCGCGUUCACAUUCAUAUGCAGAGUCACAACAUGCUCCACCUUCCCGACGAGCUCAUCCUCCAGAUCAUCGCGUUCCUCGAGCCGUCCGAGCUCGUCAACGUGUCACACGUGUCGCGGCAAUUCCUCAACCUCAGCCGCGACAACAGGCUCUGGAAGCAGCUAUGCUUCUCGCACUCGUACACGGAGCGGCGCCGGCGUCGGCUCGAGACGACCUUGACGUCCCCGCCAGCUGAGGCCGAUCCGCGCCUGGCCGAGCUCAUCGAAGCCGCCAACAGUCUCGCCGACUCGUUUGACGUGAGCGUGCACAACCCACGAGCGCCAAGCGCCGAGGCGCAGCUGAGCCAGAACCGGGAGAAGAGGCGGGCCGCGCUGCUGAACAACUGGGACCCUAGUGGGCUGGAAGAGAAGGUGAACUGGUACCAGGAAUUUGUUCAGCGCCAUGCGCCGCCGCAGCUGAGCUGGUUCCAGGGCGCAGGGCACGACGGGGAGGACGGGGUGCAGCGCGAAGCAACGGGCGCAGGCAUCCUCUAUGACGCCGACGGGCUCGCCUCGAAGCUCAUUGCGCCGCUGGACGACGGGAGCAUCAGGAUCUGGGACGCGGGCGCCCACAGCAGCCGCAUCGGGACAUGCACGGCGACGAGCGAUGCAGGCGUCCUGACCGACAAAGGCCCCGAUCUGGACUGCGCCACGCGUCUGUCGCAGAGCCGGGCCAUGAUGACCGACACGGGCGCCGUCGAGUGCGUCAGCAUCGACAGCGCGAGACGGCGCGGCUUCUUCGCUGUGCAGGAAACGCUCAGCGAAGUCGACCUCACCACGCUCCAGGUCGUCUCGCGCACACGAUACCCCUUCCCCGUCACGGCGCUCAGCGAAGCCCACCACAGCACGCCCCUGACUGUCGGCACCAACUGGACGCUGCACCUGCACGAUACGCGCACCGCCACGCCGCCUGCGCGUGUCGACCUGCUCAGCACAUGGCCGUCGACGUCCUUCUCGCGCCUCGCUACGGGCGACUCCGGCGGCCACGUCGCCCUCGCGCAGCCGGGCGCCCUGUCCAUCGCCCACGCGCCGCCGCACCUCGGCGACGGGAACGGCGACAUGUGGAUCGGCGGCCGCUUCACGUCGCUGCUGAACUUCGACCGCCGCUUCUUCCCCCGCCUGCGCGGCACCGUGCACUCGGGCGCGCGAACCAGCAGCCUCACCCUGCUACCCGUCCCUUUUGUCCCGCAGUCUCUCCGCCUCGGGGCCCCCUACUCGUCGCCCUCGCUGCUCCGUGCCGCGCGCUCCACCGGCGGCGUCACGCUGCUCGCCGCCGGCGCGUACAAGGGCAAGGGCAGCCUGGAGCUGUACUCGCUCUCGCCGGCGCCCGAGUACGCGACCAACAGCGCCGACAGCCGCACGACGCAGAACCCGCGCGCGAGCUACCAGAACCGCCAGACGGCGAGCGCGACGCGGCUGCUCGCCGCCGCGGGCCAUGGGACGCGCAUCGUCUUCAGCGACGCCGACGGGAACCUCAAGUGGGUUGAGCGCGAUGCGAGCACGCCCGUGCGCCAGUUCAACAUCAACGAUGUCCGGGGAGAGAGGGGGACGGCGACGGCGACAGCGACAGCGACAGCGACAGCGACGGCCACCGGGGUAGACGCCGCCGCGGACCAAGAGGGCGACAUCGUCCAGCGCAUCCUGCCCACGACCUCGCCGUCGCUGCUUGCGCCUGCUUCCAACCCCGCUCCACCAGAUGCGGGCACGCAGGACCUGCUCCUCUGGACCGGCGACGGGAGACUGGGCAUGCUGGCCUUUGGCCGCGAGCACGUCUUCGACGCGGAUACCUUCCACGACGCCCUGGAGCGGCAGGUCGACGACGAGCAUGCCGAUACCGCAACGCUGGAGGAAGAGUAUGGGCUGGAGAUGCGGAGGGCGCUCGAGCAGCAGGCGAGGGAACUUCGGUGGUUGAGCGGCUAUGGCUUGUAGAUGGCCAUCUCAUCGCUCCAUUUAAAAAUUAGAAGAAGCGCAGCCUGGGCAGCAGAUAUUUUCGUCAUCAUUCCAUUCAUCUUCUACAAACCAAGCACAAAAGCAACCUGAUGCUAUUCCAUCCAACAUAAAACAUCCUCGAACGCCAAAUACCAUCGUAUCCAUGCCUCCG